UCCCAUUAAACCGUUAAUUGAGUUAAUUGAGUUAAUUUUAUUAGUUAUUCAUUUACUGAACCAGAAAAAGCAACUGUGAAGAGAGGAUAGCAAAAAAUAUCAACAACAAAACAACAAUCUCAUGUAGACUUGUCUAGUGAAAAUAGACUUUGUUUCAACUCUUCAUCUAAGAUUGUUUCCAUUGAUUUUGUUUCACAUCUAAAUGAUCAUCUUUUAAUCAUCUACUCAUCCUAAUUAGUUGACCAACCAGACUGAUUGACAAUUUAGCAGGUAAAAUGUCAAGUAAACGGACAAAAGGACUUACAUCAGUUGCAACUGAAUCAAGAGUCAAUCUCAGCCAAAGUGUCUCAUCUCAGGCUCAUCUUGAAUCGCCUAAAUUGAUUAUCACCGAUCCAAGGCAUCCACUAUUGUAUGACGAUGGUGAAACAGGAUCAAUUACCAAGAAACAUGGGAUGGGGAUGUUUGUGACAAUUUUAUUUAUCGCCGGUGAAAACGCUGGAGCUGGUAUUUUAGCGUUACCAUACGCUUUAUAUCAAGCUGGCUGGUGGAGUUUACCUUUGAUGGCAAUGUGUGCCUUUGAUGCAGGAAUAUCUGGCAUUCUUAUCGGCAAAUGUUGGCUUAUUCUCGAAGAAAGAUGGAGUGAAUUCCGUGGUGACUGUCGAUAUCCAUAUCCAGCUAUUGGUAAAAUGGCCUAUGGUAAUUGGAUGAGAGGCGUUGUUACAGCUUGUCUUCAAAUCUGUUUGUUUGGUGCAUCGACCGUUAUUUUGUUGAUUUGUGCUGAAUUAAUUUCACAAUUUUGCAAAUCCUAUUUUCAUUUACCAUUCGGGUUAUGGAUUUUAAUCAUUGGUCUGUGUCUUUGCCCAUUCAUGUGGCUUGGAAGUCCUGGUGAAAUGUGGUUUGCUGCUGCAGCAGCUUUGGCUACUACUUCAGUUGCUGUUGUACUUAUUCUUAUCGAUGUAGCUAAAGACUAUGAAGAUCUUACCACCUCUGCGCCCGUGACGAAGCCUACUUUAACUGCGAUUUCCCUAGCUUUUGGUACUUUUCUCUUCUCUUUUGGUGGAACUGCUGCGUUUCCAACUUUCCAAAAUGACAUGAAAGAUAAAUCUAAAUUUACAAUGUCAGUUAUAAUUGGAUUCGUAGCAUUGCUUGCAUUGUAUCUACCAACUGCCAUCUUGGGAUACUUAACCUAUGGAAACACUGUUAAAAACAAUAUCAUUUCUACAAUACCCGAUGGCAUUAAGAAAAGUGCAGCCAUUCUUCUGCUAUCUUGUCAUCUUUUCUUCGCCUUUGUUAUUGUCAUCAAUGGAGCUGUCCAAGAAAUCGAAAGUAAACUUAAAAUACCUAAUGCUUUUGGAUGGAAACGGGUUACAGUCCGUACAUUAAGCACCAUUUUUGUCAUCUUUAUUGGAGAGACUAUUCCUCGAUUCGGUAAAUACUAUCUUAUGGGAGGUUCAUCCGUCACCAUGCUUGCUUAUAUUUUACCACCCCUAUUUUAUAUGAAAUUGUGUUCAAUGAAAAACGAAUCUUGGCCUGAACGGAAAGUAUCUGUUUGGGAGAAAAUUUAUUAUUACAAAAUUAUUAUUGUUGGAGUAAUUGGUGGAAUCUCUUGUAGUUAUUCGGCUAUGCAAGCAAUCGUGGCUCCUGGUGCAUUCUCAUUACCCUGUUACAUUGACUUCAAUUGUUCAAACGAAUGAAAAUUUUAUCAUUCAUAACACCCAAACAUCCAAAAAUUUCGUCUCAAUAGACAAGAAAUUGCAUGGAUCUAAUCUAAUGUUUCGAUCAAGAAAAAAAUUAACUCUGUAUUUUUGAUUUUCAUACGCAUAUAUAUUUUCCCAUUUCCCUUUCCUUCAAAUUUUUUAACCCUUCAUUGUUGAAUCAAAUGAAAUAAUUUUUUGGUAAAUAACUAUAUAAAAGAAAUGAUCUAUUUUGUGCAACAAAAAA